GCGGUCUUUCAAGACUUCAACUCCCAAAGUCCCACCCAUCGGAACCCUAGGGCCUAGAGCUAAACCAUUCAGCCUUGUGAAGUAUCCAACCUUUAGGAACUAUGAAAGCUCAACGCCAAAGCUCGGAUAGAAUCAGCAAUCUCCCUCAAGAUAUAAUUGAAAAAAUUCUGACUUUUAUGCCAAUCAGAGAUGCAUUGAAGACGAGCAUUUUGUCAAAAAAAUGGAGGCAUUGCUGGAAGGGAAUGCCUAAACUUGUAUUUGAUGAUAGGCUCAGUAAUGUAUCAUCUGAUAUGGAAGAUGUCAAAAAAUAUAAGCUUGUCAUUACCAUAUUCCAUGUUUUGUUGCUACACAGAGGUCCGAUAUUGGAACUUUGUAUUUGUAUCUCAGAUGAAGAAAUUUUUAAUGAGAUUGACCAGAUAAUACUUCAUCUUUCAUGGAGCAAAAAUAUCAAGAAAUUCAUUUUUGAAGUUUAUCAAUUCGAUGAAUACUACAAGUUACCAAGUUCAUUCUUUUCAUUGCAAGGAUUAGAACACCUAUUUCUCAAAUAUUGUAUAAUUGAGCUUCCAUCAACGUUUAAUGAAUUUAGUAUGUUGAAGAGCCUGAAAUUUUAUGAGGUUUACAUCACUGCCACUAUGCUGAAGCGAUUCCUUAUCAGUUGCCCACUACUUGAGGAAUUUACAUGGGUAAAUAAAAUUGGAUAUGAUUGUUUAGACUUUACAGGAGGAAACAAGUGUACAUUUGUAGAGUUGUUUACGUGUUUACCAUCGGCUCAAGUUGUGAACAUCUCUUGGUUUGAGAACAAGGACUUCUAUGCAGGUGUUAUGUCACAAAAGCUCCCCACUUCACUAGUCUACUUGAGGAUACUUGUCCUUCAAGUGUGUUUUCAUGAACAAGAUCAGAUUUCCUCCACUCUCUGUGUGAUCAACAGCUCUCCGAAUUUAGAGAAAAUUAACUUGAGGAUGAUUCGUUAUGUUGCACAAACUUGCACUACUUUGCUUGAUCCUCAAGAUUAUUUUGGGCUUAAGUUGGAUCAUCUUAAAGAACUGGUGAUAACAAGUUUCCAUAACUAUGCUUCUGAGAUGGAAUUUGUAAAGCUCAUAAUGGGUAAGUCGCCUCUGCUUAAGAAAACACGAAUCAAGCUCAGUACAUCUGUUUCUGUUGAGGAAGAAGUUAAGAUGCUUCGAGAUUUGGUAUACUUGCAAUUUCCACGUGCAUCACCAGAAGCCAAGCUAAUUAUCGAACGCCCGAAAACGUUGCCUGCAAAGGCAGUUAAGUUUUAGUGAUACAAGUUUAAUUGUUGAAAUAUAAGGAUUGUUAAAACACAAUGCCUUUAUUAUCUAUUUUGAACCUGUUUACAUGUCUUUUGGAUUGAUUAUGAUUACUUUUAAAUUCCCAAAUUCGUCGUAUCUUCCUCUAUUUUGAUGCUUGACGACCAAUAUAUAAACACAAGUAAGAGUUUACAUGUCUAUAAAACUGCUUUUCCAAUGA